ACGUACCAUUCUUGUGCAACGUACGCGUGCUAGAUGACGGAACAGUUUAUCUUAUCAGCACGGAGUGUGUCGCUUUAAAACGAACGAGUUAGGUGCUGUUGGCUUCGUAGUUUGCUCGUCGACCGUGUGCACGCAGCAAUCAUCGCAGCAACCGGGGGCGCCGUGACCUAGAAGGUUCUAGUGAGGUGCAGUGCGUAGAAAGCAAUCAAUUAUCAAAUCAGCAAUACGAGACAACCGGCAAGAUGAGCACUCCAACGUCGACGCUCAAGUCCUGCAUACCAUUUCCGCUGGAGGAGGACCAGCUGGUGGAGGUGGUGGAGAAGGCGAAGGAUUGGGCCAUCAUGCACGGUGCGGCGAUGCGUUCCAAGCAAGAUUUCAAUCCGGACGCACUCCAGUUUGCCCCCUUCAUCCUGACACCUUCGUCGUUCCCGAGGGUGGAGUUCCAGAAGGCGGUCAAUCUGCAGCCGGUGCUAAACGAACUGAUUCACACCGUCGCCCACGACAGUGCGUUUCUCUUCGACACUCUCAAGUCGACGGUGAAGGUGGAUGAUUUUACGCGUUCCCUCAUCGAGAUCUACCGGACGGUGCUGGACGAGGGCAUUACCCAGCCCGUCAGUUUGGGGCUGCUGCGAUCGGACUUGAUGCUGGAGACGCGGUGCGACAACAUAUGCAGCGAGCGAGUGAAUCCGCUGAACGCCUACUGCUGCUGGAAGCAGGUGGAAAUCAACACGAUCGCGUCCGGUUUCGGUCACCUCGGACCCUCAAGCAAAUAUCUGCAAAGCUAUAUCCUGACGGAGUUGGGCUACCGGGAUAAGCUCGUCAACCUGCCGGAAAACAAGGCCCUGUCGGGGCUGUGUGACGCGAUGGUGGAGGCGUGGAAGCUGCAGAACCGUCCGGACGCGGCCAUCCUGUUCGUGGUGGAGGACGUGACCUACAACAUCUGUGACCAGCGGUUCCACGAGUUCUACAUCCGCUCGACGUACCCGCACGUGCCCGUCGUCCGGCGCACGCUGACGGAGAUUCAGCGGGCGGGUCGGCUCGGCACCGAGCGGGAGCUGCUGCUGGCGCUCAAGGAGGGCGAGCCGGCGGUGGAGGUGAGCGUGGUGUACUUCCGCGCCGGCUACGAACCCGGCCACUAUCACGGCGCGGACGAGUGGGCCGCCCGGCUGCUGGUGGAGCGUUCGCGCGCCAUCAAGUGUCCGUCGAUCCAGUACCAUCUGGCCGGCACGAAGAAGGUCCAGCAGGCGCUGGCCCGGCCGGACGUGCUGCGGCGCUUCGUCGGCGCGGACGAGGCCAAGAUCGACGCGAUCCGCGACGUGUUCACCGGGCUGUACUCGCUCGACCCGGACGAGGGCGGUGCGGAGGCGGUCGCACUAGCCAAGGCCAACCCGGAGCGGUUCGUGCUGAAGCCGCAGCGCGAGGGAGGCGGCAACAACGUCUACGGUGCCGACAUACCGACCGCCCUGGACGCCAUGACGCCGGACGAGCGCUCGGCCUGGAUUCUCAUGGAGCGCAUCUUUCCACCGCUCUCGACCGGCUACAUGAUCCGGCCGGGUGGGCCAACACCGCCACCCCUCGUGCAGCUCGUGUCCGAGCUCGGCAUCUUCGGAGCCGUCAUCGGGACCAAGGACAAGAUACUGUACAACAAGCAGGUCGGCCACAUGCUUCGCACCAAGCUUUCGACGGCCAACGAGGGUGGUGUCGCCGCCGGGCUCGGAGCACUCGACAGCCCGUACCUGAUCGACUAGCUCCGGUGACGCUCCUGACGAGCUGCGCCCGAUGAAUCUACUUGCAUUUUACUGUUGGGUCAACACGGUUACAAACUUAUUCAAAUAUACACAUGCGCUAUACAAGCCAUUUGGCAAAA